CUGGGCUGGUUGCAGGCCCAUCAAAUCAUGUUACCUCCCCGUAGGUGGCGCGUCGUCGUGCACUGACACCAACACGUUCAGAUCUAUUCUCUUUUUUUCCUUUCUUCUUCUUCUUCUUCUUCUUCCCAUACUGAAUCAGAAACUCAGAAUCACCGUUCACCGUGAUGGCCAAAACGACAUCCUCCUUCGCCGUAUUACUCCUCCUCUCCCUCCUUACCCCUUCCACCGCCGAGAUCAAAUCCCUCACCAUCAACUCCGACACCCGCCCCAUGAUCCUCUUCGAGAAAUUCGGUUUCACCCACAAAGGCCACGUCUCCAUCGCCGUCUCCUCCGUCUCCGUCGCCGUCCUCACCUCCGCCUCCCAACCCGAAUCCUCCCGCCUCGGUUUCUUCCUCCUCAACGAAGAAACCCUCGUCCAAGUCCUCAUGGAGAUCCAGCAAAACCCCUCCUUCUGCGUCCUCGAUUCCCACUACAUCUUCCGCCUCUUCACCUUCCGCGACCUCUCGCCACCUCCCUCCGCCUCCGUCAACCGAUCUUACCCCGUCACCAACCCCAACGAGUACAGCCUCUUCUUCGCUAACUGCGCACCGGAAACCUCCGUCUCCAUGGUCGUCCGCACCGAGGUCUUCAACCUCGAUUCCGAUGGCUCCCGUGACUACCUCUCCGCCGGCCAGACAACACUCCCUUCCAUCUUCUUCCUCUUCUCCCUCGCCUACAUGGGUUUCUUCGCCGCCUGGGUCUACCUCUGCUACGCCAACAAGCGAUCGUUCCACCGCAUCCAUCUCCUCAUGGCCGUCCUUCUCGUCACCAAAGCUUUGAAUCUGAUCUGCGCCGCCGAGGACAAGCACUACAUUAAGGUCACCGGUCUUCCUCACGGCUGGGAUGUACUUUUCUACAUCUUCCAGUUCAUCCGUGUGAUUUUGCUCUUCACUGUCAUUGUCUUGAUCGGAACUGGGUGGUCUUUCCUCAAGCCAUUCUUGCAGGACAGGGAGAAGAAGGUGUUGAUGAUCGUGAUCCCGCUUCAGGUUCUUGCCAAUUUAGCUUCGGUUGUGAUCGGCGAAACUGGGCCAUUCAUCAAGGAUUGGGUUACUUGGAACCAGGUGUUCUUGCUGGUUGAUAUUAUAUGUUGUUGUGCUAUCAUUUUCCCAAUUGUUUGGUCUAUUAGAUCGCUCAGGGAAACCUCGAAGACUGACGGAAAGGCUUCGAGGAAUCUCGCAAAGUUGACACUCUUCAGGCAAUUCUACAUUGUUGUUAUUGGGUAUCUGUAUUUUACCAGAAUAGUGGUGUUUGCGUUGAGAACUAUUGCAGCUUAUAAGUAUCAAUGGGUGAGUAAUGCUGCUGAGGAGAUUGCUAGUCUUGCAUUUUACAUUAUCAUGUUCUACAUGUUUAGACCAGUGGAGAAGAAUGAGUACUUUGUCCUUGAUGAGGAGGAAGAAGAGGCGGCGGAAAUCGCGCUCAGGGAUGAAGAAUUUGAGCUUUGAAGAAUCUGUUUCAGGGAUUUUCAGCUGGGCAAUUUGGCCCCUUUUUGGUGUUCUCUCUGCCGCAAAUAUCAAGUUGUAUGGUGAAUUCGGUGCUGUAUUUGUGGUUCAGGUUCCUCCUUUUAUCCAUUUUGUUUUACUCUUUUCUUCUUUGUUUUCCACCUUAAGCCUUCAUUGUUAGAAGAGUGUCCAUAGUGAAAUACUGAUUGUAUGUUUAGUUCUUUACUUGUAUUGUAUUUGUUAAUGCUGAUGAACUCUGUGGAAUACAAAAAAGCUAUGAUCUUGUUCAUUCAAUUUCAA